AUGAAGGAUUUCUCCAUAAAAGAGAUGCCUCUGUUGCUGUUGCUGGUUUUCGUGUGCUCACCUAUGACUUCCUCUGCGCAGCAGUCAGUAUGUAGCUCGUACUAUUUAGAGGUUCAGGAUGUGUAUUGAUUCAACUGGAAAGCUGAACACGUUUAGCUGAAAUGAUACACAAAUCUGCUUCAUGUGCUGGUUUACUGGUCUUUUUUCUGUGUGAUAUUACACUGCUAUCUUAAAAAGAUCCAAAUGACUUGUUUAACCUACAAAUCUCUUCUUUGUUUUAGGCACUAGACUCAUGUGGACCAGGGAUUUCUGCUCUCAAACGCAGCAUAAGACAACUGGAGAACAAACUCUUGCUGGGGACUUGGCAGGUUGAGCACUUGCAGAGACACAAAUACUUCCGCCCGCUGCAACCUGCUCUGCCUGAUACUAAACCAGACACUGACCAUGGUGGAAACCACAGCAGUAGUGGGACACUGGACAGCUCUGAUAUGACACUCAUCCAACUACUUCCAUCAGCAGGCAACUUAAUUGUGCAUGACAAAGGUAGGAAAUGCUAAUAUUUAUAGACGUAUCAGUGCAAGUUAGAUUUAAUAACAUACGAGCAUGAGAAAAUACUCAAUGUCUUUUAUUAUUCCUUUUUUUGAGACCAUUAUCAUUUCAAAUAAGGGUAGUAAUAAUUCACAGCACUACUUCUAAAGACUGUUUCAUUUCCAUCUUCCAAGACUGUUCUGAGCUGUUUGACAGGCUGAAACUACCCAGCGGUUUCUACCGUAUCAGACCCAAGAAACACCAGGAGCCUUUUUUGGUUUACUGUGACAUGGACGAUGGAGGAGGGUGGACAGUGUUCCAGAAACGGCGGCAUGGGAAAGUUGAUUUUGACAGGUAGUUAGAGCCCAUGAUUAUAAAAUGAUCCCAGUGACAGAUUAUGAUAUAGGUGUUGACUGGAAAAAGCUGUCAACUCAUGUGGGUCAAAAUAUAUCUGGCUAAUUCUCUUUCAGAGACUGGGUGGACUACAGGGAUGGCUUUGGGGACUUUAAAUUGUGGAAUGAUGAGUUUUGGUUGGGGAAUGAGAACAUUCACGCUCUACUCUCAGAAGGUCAGAAAUGAUGAAAAAACAAAACUUCAUGUUUCAUGUUUCUAUUACGAUUCCGUUUCUUAUAGUUUCUUAAUGAUUGGUCUGGUUGCCUGCUUUUCAAAAUGAUAUUUUCUGAUACGUCUUUGCUUUGAAGGUAAUAACCUGGUGAAGAUAGAGCUAAUGGACUGGGAAGGAAAAAGAAAUCAUGCAUUUUAUGAGAAUUUCAGGAUCGCCGAUGAGGCCGUAAGAUCAGUAAUUUCACAGUUCCACUUCUUCGUCUGAAACUGUUAUCCUCCAAAAGUAAUCUUUUCUAAUGUCUAUCCUAUCUAUCUAGGAUAAGUAUCGUCUCCAGUAUGAGAUAUAUAGUGGGCAAGCUGGAGAUGCCCUGACUGGUAGUGGGGGGAUGGUGGAGCACUGGUCCACCUGUCUCAGUGGUAUGCAGUUCAGCACCAGAGAUCAGGUAAGUCAUGAGUUCACCUCUAUAAGUCUGAUGAGGGAUUUUUAAUGAGUCAUAGUUUUAAGGGUAUUUACAUGUAGCAACACGGCUGAUGAUGAUGAUGUUGAUGUUGAUUGGCAGGACAAUGACCGCUACCUCCAGGGCAGCUGUGCUCAGGAAAACAACGCAGGAUGGUGGUUCAACAGGUGAGCCUUUCAACUUAAGUAUACAUGAGUAUAGCUAAUGCAAUGCUCUUAAUUUAAUCCCCCUUCUGUUCAUUUAUUGCAAAAAAUCAUCACUUAUUUUAAAACUUCAAAACUUGCCCUACAACUACAGGUGUCAUGCAGCCAACCUUAACGGAAAGUUCUACCGCAGUGGAAAGUACAAGGGCCGGAAUGACAACGGUGUUGUGUGGGGGACAUGGAGAGGCCUCUGGUAUUCACUUAGACAUACCACUAUGAAGGUGCGGCCCCUGGUUUUCUUGGAUGCUGCAGGCAGUGGAGACGGAGCAGACAUCUAA